AUGGCGACGGAGACUUCACUCGAAAAUUUCUGGCAGUAUGCGACACGCUUAAAUGCCGAAACUGGACUUAUAUCAAGUGACUGCCAGUCAGUCAAGACGCAUUGGGACUUUGUCGACUGGACAACUCAAUGGAGACCUAUGGGUAUACCGCCGGCUACCCAGAGAACGGGUACUCAGACAUUUACCAAUUUCUUAUACGCCUACACGCUCAAGACCAUUGCCGAGACUGUCAAGGACCUCGGUCGACCGGCGCUCGCCCAGGAGUAUAGGUCACGAGCAGACGAUAUCAUUUUGGCCACGCAGAAGCACUGCCGCGUGGGAACAGUCUUCACGGAUGGACUGGCCGCCAGAGCUGACCAUUCGCUGGAUUUUAGCCAACAUAAUCAGAUCUGGGCUGUCCUUUGUGGCGCGACUAGUGGUGAGGAGGCGAGACAGCUCCUUACACAAUGCUUCAAUCAUGGCCCGAGUGCGUCAAAGCUCUCCACCGCAUCGGACCAACCUGUCACGUUCACCAGAGUUUCCACGGCGAUGUCAUUCUACGCUCUCCGGGCCUUGUCCGAAGUUGGCGGAGACCUCUACGACAAGUCUUUCCACUCUUUCUGGGACCCUUGGCGGCAUCAGCUGAGCCAGAACCUCACAACUUGGUGCGAGGAUGAGGUGACGCUCAGAUCCGACUGCCAUGCGUGGAGCGCGGUGCCCCUCUAUGAAUUCAUGACCGAAGUUGCCGGAAUCAAGCCACUCGAGCCUGGAUGGCGAGCCAUCUCUUGCGCUCCUCGGUUCAAUCUUUACCGCGAGUUCGACGCCAAGGUGGCGCUUGGUGGGAAAUUGGCGCCUGGUAUUGCUCGUAUCAGAUGGUCCCGAGGGGUCGGUAGUGAUGAGCUGAGUUUGUCGGUUGUUCUACAAGACAUACCAGUCGAAGAUUCGAUUCGAGUAAGCGUAAAGCUUCCGAAUAGUGUUGAGGAGCAUUUUGGUCGAGAUCUCAGGUUCAACUUACAACUAAAGUAG